ACGCCCACGCCCCCCUCUCGCUCCCCCGGCCCUUUGCGUCCGACAUGCGCGAGCUGCCUGGAAUAUAGAGCGCGGUAAAGAGUGCAGCCGCUCCGUUGCCGCCCCCGGACUCCCCACCGCCCCGCCAAAUGAACGGCCACAGCAAUGGCGUCCAGCCCAGCGACGGCUCGAACCCGCCCAUUGCCGAGAUCGUGGGCUCUGCGACAGAGACGGUCGACGCGCUGAGACACCACUCGAUCAAGCUGUUGCUGGACCACGCAAGGUCGCAUUUCAACUCGGCCAGGCUCAUGCUCGGCAACCGGUCGCCGGUCGCCGGCGCAUAUUGGGAAUACCUCGUCGCCUACCAGAUUGUCGCCGUGCUCAUCCCCCAGCACGGCGACUACCACGACAAGAUUGCCGCCAGCCGCAACCAGACACACCGCGACUACAACACCCUCUUGAAGGAGAUAUCCUCGCAGGAAGAGCAGUUUGUGCGCAUCAAGAACAUCAUCAAGAAUGACAACCUCCGGAACGGCGCCCGCCACGCCAGGUCCGCGUCUGCUUCGUCGUACAUGAGACCGGACUCGGGCAGUGGAGCCAGUGUGCUCAAGAGGGACGAUGAGCUGAUGCUGCCGAGCGUGCCAACAUCUGUCCCAGGUGUCGAGCCUGCACGGCGGAAACCCACACCGCAGCCCAAGCCGCAGUCACUCCACGGUCGCGCUGUCCACCAGAACUCAUCGUCCGUCAAUGGGGACCUCGCCGAUCGUUUUGCAAAGCUUCGAGGAGCGGCUCCGCCAGCCGAUACCGCUUCGCUUCGCUCCAGCCAGGACCUCUCUGUCAAGAUGCCGUCUCCUACAGACUACCACUCUACGGUUCGAGGCCCACGAGAGAUGCCUCCACCCACCAGACUGCCGCCGAGACUUCCACUUGAUACAGACUUUGCAGCGUCGUAUCCAAAAGAACCAAGUCCAACGUACAGUCCGGCACGCAACUCGAACCUGCCACCGAACAUUGCGCCGCCCCGGAGCACGCCGCGGAGCAUGAAUGGCACUGGCGGACGGAGCAACUCAUUGGCAGCGUCGAGUAUAUCGAACCACGCCCCAAACACCAACGGUACACCAGACUCCUACUUCCCCACACAACAACCGCUCCGUGCCGCUCCAGCGCCUGCUGCUAGUCGAAAACGAUCCAUCAGUGCUGCCAUAGAGCUGGAGAUUGACGCUGCCAAGCUCUACGACUACCUGCGCAUGUUCAGCGUGUUGGUGGUGGACGUGCGUGACCGAUCAGCUUUCGACGCAGGGCACAUCUACCACCGCAUGGUCAUGUGUCUGGAGCCAUGCACACUGCAGGACGGUGACUCUGCCGAGCAGCUCUGCGAUCGUCUGAUCAUCUCCCCCGACGAAGAGCAGGCCAUGUUUGAGCGCCGAAACGAUUACGACGUAGUCGUCUACUACAACGAUUCCACCAUGAAUGUCGACUUCCUGACAGAGCACAGCCGGACUGACGAUGAGGCAGCAUUGAAGCGCGUGUACGAGAUAUUGACAGAGUUCAACGUAGAGAAGCCUCUCAAGCGGCCGCCGAUAUUGCUGAAGGGCGGUCUCGAUGCGUGGAUCGACCUGGUGGGACCUCAAGCCUUGAAGACUUCCACGACCGCCGCACUACUGGCUACGGGCCAGACGAGACCUCGAGGCGUCCGCCGGUCGCCUGCUGCGACGCAUGCUGCAAGACUGAGUCUGCAGCGGCGAAGACGAGAAUAUGUCCCCAUGGAUUCCGAGGAAGAGCAAAAGUGGCUGGAAGAAGCGCGAAAGGGCAGAGCCGUGGUGGAACAGCCGCCUGCCGAUGAGGAGGAAGGCGAGGAGCCUGGGUCCCCGUUCUACCGCACAACCGAGGACUUCCUCAGACGGUUCCCCGACGUGGAAGGUGGCCAGUCUAUGAUACAGGCCGCUCCAACUCCACGACCGCCACCAGUUCCCCACUAUGUUCCGCCAGCGAUUCCAAUCGCACCGUCCCGACCGCCGCCCUCCGUUCCUCGGGUCAGCUACAGCGGUGUUCACGAGCGGCAAGUCGCGCCACAGAGCCGCACCAACCAGCCACCAGUCUACGUCUCGCAGCCGCACUUUACCAAUGUUCGCAUGCACAAGACUGGGCUGAUUAAUUUUGGCGUGACUUGCUACAUGAACUCGGUCGUGCAGUGUUUGAGCGCUCAUCUCGCCCUGUCUGACCUGUUUCUGACCGGACGAUACAAUCGAGACCUGCAAAGAGAGAACUGGAAGGGCACCAAGGGCAUUCUGCCAGAGGCCUACGCAACUCUAAUCUCCAACCUGUUCAAGGGCGACAUUGCAUCCGUCCGUCCCAGUACUUUCAGACGCAUUUGCGGUCACUUCAACUCACAGUGGGGUGUCGAUCAACAACAAGAUGCCAAAGAGUUUCUCGAGUUCGUUCUGGACUUUAUGCACGAGGAUUUGAAUGUCACCUGGAACAAGGCUCCUCUCCAGCCUCUCACAGACCAGCAGGAACUGUUGCGGGAACAGUUCCCCCGCCAAUACGCUGCUAAGAUAGAGUGGGCACGCUAUCAGCAUCGCGACAUGUCGGUUAUCGGUAGGAUGUUUGCCGGUCAGCACGCCUCGCAGCUCACCUGUCAAUCAUGUGGCAUAACAAGCACAACGUACGAAGCCUUCUGGAGUUUGAGCUUGGAGAUCCCGCGCGACCAGGCUUGCGACAUACGGGACUGUCUGAGGUCAUACUGCGCUGCAGAGCGUCUAGCAGGAGAUGAGCUUUGGCGAUGCCCCAGAUGCAAGAAGGAUAGGGAGGCCAUCAAGAAGAUCACCAUCACGCGGGCGCCGGACACCUUGGUCGUCCACUUCAAGCGCUUCAGCGCCUCGCACAACGAAAGCGCGCGCAAAGUACGCACGCCCAUCAACUUCCCUCUGCAAGCCCUCGACAUGAGCCCGUUCAUGGACGCGCCCAUGUCGCCCGAGCAAGAAUCGUACAUUGCACACAAGGCGCCCGAUGGUGCAGUGCAGCUGGCAGGCAUCAAAGCAGACCCGACCAUGAACGGGCCGUACAUGUACAACGCGUACGCCGUCAUCCACCACAUCGGCGCAACUCUGGGAAGCGGGCACUACACCGCGUUCGUCAAAGACAAAGCCCGGGGCUGUUGGCGCUCCUUCAACGACGACCGUCUCGUCGACUUUGAGCCUGGCAAUCUGCAGCCAAAGGACCGCUUGCAGAAUGAGCGCGCCUACAUUGUCUUCUACGAGCGCGAGAGGGUCGCCGGCGGCGCCUUCUAGCCUGCUCACUUGGCGUCCACGCGAGCGGACGACUUUGUUUCUCUAUACAUAUUGCGUCUUGGAUAAGCGAGUAUACUUUGGCAUUGCGGCGGCGUUUACCGUUGGGAUUAGCGUACAGUCACUUUGAUGCAUUUUGACCGAGUUUUGAUACCUUUGAGUCACGCAUGGUACCUAUCGUAUCCGUUGGCUUUGGGCGAGUCGUCAUGGGCGGGAGUCUGUGCAGUUUGUCGGGCUGCAU